UUAUAAACCGAGCAGUAGAAGAAAUGUGUUGUACUUAACAACUUUUUAAACAUCAACAAAGCCAUGAGAGCAGGUAUCAAUGAUAAAUAAACCGCAUUUCUAGCGCUAGAUGGGCUAUACUAUGAUUUAGUAAACUCCACCGAAGCUUGAAACAUAGGUACCUGAUAGGAGGAUCGCAUCCCAUUCCCGAAAUGGCAUUAACGAUAGCGGGAGCCGCCGCAGGCAGCGCCGCGCUUGCGGCAUACCUGGACGCCCGGUUCCACAUCCGCAACGACAUCAAGGCGGGCAGCAACAAGCGGCGAGCGGCGCGGUGGCAAGCCGACAUCGCGCGGCAGAUCCGCGACGGCAAGACGCACGUCUACCACAUCCUCGAGGAGCAGGCGCGGCGGGACCCGGGCCUCGUCUUCAUCGUCUUCGAGGGCCGCGAGUACACGUACGCCGAGUUCUUCCAGGCCAUCCAGCCCGUCGGCAACUGGCUCAUGAAGGACCUGGGUAUCAAGAAGGGCGAGAUGGUCGCCCUGGACGGCGGCAACAGCCCCGAGUACGUGAUGCUCUGGUUCGCGCUCGAGGCCAUCGGCGCCUCCAUCGCCUUCAUAAACUGCAACCUGACGGCGCACCCGCUCGUGCACUCCGUCAAGGUCGCCGGCGCGCGGUACCUGCUCGCCGACUCCGACGUGCGGCACCUCGUGUCCCCCGUCGAGGAAGAGCUCAGUUCGGGCGGCACGCAGACGCUGUACUACGACCCAGCCUCGCUCGGCGCGCACGCGGACGCGGAGCCGCUGCCGGACGAGCGCCGUGCCGGCGCCAAGCCCACGGACGUCGCGUCGCUAAUCUACACGUCGGGAACGACGGGCAAGCCUAAAGGCACGAUCGUGACGCGCGCGCGCACGAUGCUUUUGCGGGCGUCGAGCAACAAGAUCGGCCUGCGGCGCGACGACAAGAUGUACACGUGCCUACCGCUGUACCACGCCUCGGCGCAAGGGGUCUGCUGCCUGCCGAUCCUCGCCACAGGCGCAACCAUGGUUCUCGGGCGGAAAUUCUCGCACCAGACCUUCUGGCCGGAGAUCCACCGAUCCGGAGCGACCAUCAUCCAAUACGUCGGCGAGCUAUGCCGGUACGUGCUGAACGCGCCCGCGUCGCCGCUAGACCGGGGCCACAAGGUGCGCAUGGCGUGGGGCAACGGGAUGCGGGCGGACGUGUGGGAGGCGUUCCGGCAGCGCUUCGGGAUCGACGAGAUCUACGAGUUCUACAGCAGCACGGACGGGAUGGGCAUCAUCGCGAACGUGAACCGGGGGGACUUCUCGCGGGGCGCGAUCGCCGUGCGCGGGCCCAUCUGGCACCUGCUCAACGGCGCCGCCGAGGCCCGCGUCCGCGUCGACCCGGAUACCGAGGACAUGGUGCGCGGGCGCGACGGGUUCGCCGUGCGGUGCGGCGCCGACGAGCCGGGGGAGCUGGUGUACCGGCUCGACCCCAAAAGCACGCUCGGCGUGCCGAGGUACUACGGCGACGCCGCGGCGUCGGAGAAGCGGAUGGUGCGCGACGUGUUCGCGAAGGGGGAUUUGUGGCUGAGGAUCGGGGACGUGAUGAGGCUGGAUAAGGACGGGCGGCUGUUCUUCGUGGAUCGGCUGGGCGACACGUUCCGCUGGCACUCGGAGAACGUGUCGACGACGGAGGUGGGCGAUGUGGUGGGUUUGCACCCGCAGAUCGCGGAGGCGAACGUGUACGGUGUUGCGGUGCCUAAUUCCGAGGGUCGGGCUGGAUGCGCUGCUGUAGUUGCCGCGGAAGGGAUUUCUAGUAAUCCUGAAGACAUAGCGAAUGGGCGAGGUCUGGACCUAAAGGGGUUGGCGGAGCAUUGUCUAGCAGAACUGCCACGAUACGCAGUGCCCAUAUUCAUCAGAGUUGUUAAGCAGCUCGAACACACGGGGACGAUGAAGCUACAAAAGGGACCGUUGAGAGCUGAAGGAAUCGACUUGGACGCUAUCGAGAAGGCGGCGAAGGAAAAGGGGGGAGAUCCAGAUGCGAUAUACUGGCUGCCCCCCGGUGAGAAGAGAUAUGUUCCUUUUUCGAAAAAGGAUCUCCAAGAACUUAAAGGGGGCAGGGUCCGUCUUUAAUAAUACGUGUGCAUACAUACCUGGGUCCUUAAAUAACCACCUAUUAUAUUGUAAUGAAACCAUACAAUUCGGUUACCGUAUUUUCCAUACUAUUUAUCUUUCAUGUAUACCUAUGUAGUCGG